AUGACCGAUUCGAGAGCAGGACCAUCGGCAGCGGGGGCUUUCGAGACCCCUGCUGCCCGUACCAGGGUGCGCAGAUCGACGAAGCAGGUCAGCGCAAAGAAAUUUGACAAGGUGAGGAUCUCAUCGGAAGAGAGGAUUAGUACGGUGGACUGUGCGCGCAUCCUCGCCAGAACUGACUCGCGACAGAGGUAUGCUAACAUUGGCAUCGGCUUGAUCCCGUCUCGAAAGAUGCUCAAAAAUCUCAGCUCUGUCAAAAAGGGUAGCGAGCGCUUCCCGCAUCUGCGGAGCGGCUCCAUCGACUCCGUUCCCGGCCCGGGUGCUGCGACGAAUAGCCCGCCUGUUGGCGUGCACGGACAGGCCGAUGCUCGCGAAGAGCAGAACGCAGCGCCGUACACGAUUGGCGAGGAAGACGAAGGCGGCUCGAGAUGGACAGGUGGACUCGGAGACAAUCAUCUGAAGACGGAGUACUGGCUCAAGACAAUCAAGCGAAACGAUUGGAGUGAAGGUCUGAGCAAGGGUCCAGGGCUUGGGCCUGAUGGGCCGACGAUGGCAAAGGUGGCCAGGCGACAGCUGAAGGGUCGCGACAAAGGUGAGUGUGCGCAUCUUGCGACGAAGAGCGAUGGUAUCGUACUGAUUGUGUGGAUUAUUUCUUGUGCCGACUGGUUGCCCUGCAACGACGCUUUCGCCCGCCUUCAGUCGGCCAAGACUCCUUCGCGCACGAAGCUUCAACCAUUUUCAACCCUCUUACCAGACGCGUUCCGGCUGCCACACCCCACAAAAUCAGAGGUGCAGCUCCAAGGAAACCCAAAAUGACUGCUAGGCGGGACGACGACGCUUCGGCAGGGGAUUUGACUGAGGUCGGCGCGCAGACACGAGAUGAAGAUGGAACGCCACUUGGCCUUGCAGACAGGGAAACCCAGGAGGCCCUCAUAUUGCAUGAUCUGCUGAACGUGCUAGCAGUAAGUCAUAGCGCCCCGCUUGGGGAGUCUUUCUCCACAAUAGCUCACACUCGAUCCUCGGGGCAUUAGGGCCUGGAAGGGCAGUACAUCACGUACGAGGACCGGUACAAGCCUAACAGCCCCGCAUCUCAACUUCGCGGUGCCACCUGGUCUGUCGACCCCGCGUUGGGUGAGUGGAUGUUGGCGGCGGUUGUCAGACGAGAUUACUGACCUUCAAGCGCUCUACAUCUGCCCCAGAUCCGUCGCUACGAGACUCCGUCGACAGGAUACUGCCGCUUGCCACGUACUACACCUCUGUCUUUGCCUUUAUUGACGCCAAAGGAACGUUGGAGGCAGGCACUGUCAUGCACGCUUUGUGCUCAGCGAUUCGUGAACUUCUCAAGGUGCGUGCAUGCGCCGCUUCUCGGGGAACGAAACGGAUCGAGACCCGCAUACGAGUCUGCACUUUCUUCAUGACAGGAUUAUCAAACACUUCUGGUGCAGCUCGAGCACCAGCUACGCGUCUCUAGGGACCUUACUUUGCAGCGUCUCUUCUACUAUAUCACUCCGACAUUGCGCACAUUGCAGCUCGUGCACGGAUUGACGAGCGCGAUCAGAGAUAUCACCCACGCAGCUCUGAUGAGCGAGGACAGUGAAGAAGAAACCGACGAAGACGACGACGAUGAGCCGAGCGAUGAUGACGAUGGCAGUCUUGAGCGCAACAGGCGGGACGCGCUCGGCUUGGACGAUGACGACGGAGCGGAAGAUGCUUUGGAAACUGUCCCAGGUGGUCCCGUGAAAGGAGGCGAAAUUCUAGCGAUGGUGUGGGAGAGGUGCGAAAAAAUGCGAGGGUGAGUGUGUCCGAGCUUCCAGGCCGAAGGGGUCUGCUCGGGUCACUAAAGCGUGCUUGUCAAAUGCAGGGAUACUACGGCCCACAAGCUCUUCAUGACGCUCUUUCAAAGGGCUUCCGAACCGUAUGGUCGCAUCAUGCUGCGAUGGAUCACUACUGGCGAAUUAUCGGACACCUAUGACGAGUUUAUGAUCGCCGAGGAUGCGCAUGUGAACGUGGCGAGCCUGGAAUCGGACCCAACGGACGAGUACUGGGAUCGCAAAUACACCUUGCGCGAUGACUUGGUCCGCGAGCAAAGGGAGCAGCGCGAGCAAAGAGGCAUAGACUUGGCGCACGAAGACGAAGAGCUUGGAGCUAGGGGCUUUCUCACCGGCGGGGCUAGGAUACCUUCGUUCCUGAUGCCUUGGCGAGAAAAGAUCUUGCUUGCAGGAAAGUAUCUCAACGUGAUCCGAGAGUGCGGAAAGGACGUUCGCAACACCGGGAAGAGAGGAGGUGCCGGUGCGACCGAGGACAGGCGAGCAGAUAGCGGCCUUGACAAUGUCGAUGUCUCACCAGAGGUUGACGGCGACUUGAUGAGCGACCAAGGGUGAGUGGCCUCGCGUGAUAAGGGCAGACAGACACUGGUCACCAACUUUCGCCCUUGCACAGCUUCCUUCGUAGGAUCCAAGAGGCGUACGAGCGCGCCAACAAAGCGCUAUUGCGACUACUCCUUGUUGAUCACAGCAUUGUGCCUCGGAUGCACUCUAUGCGUCACUACUUUCUUAUGUCUUCGUCGGACUUUUUCUCGUCAUUUGUAGAAGCGGCUGGCAAGGAGCUCAGGCAGAAAAUCAAUCCAACACAUAUUCGCGACACUACUGGGAACCGCCUUCAAAGCCAUUUGGGCCUUGUGCUCGGCAGCUCUUCCACCGUUGGCUUCACGGACUCGUACCGCGAGGAUGUCAAAAUCGAGCUGGCGACGGAGAAUGCUUACGAUCAGCUCAAACGCAUAGCGGAGACCAAAGGUGGCGUCGAGGCUGCUCGCGAGCAACUGGCUCGAAGAGCAAAAGAUCGCAACCACGACACAAUAGCGAGUAUGUAUCUCUGGUUUGAGGAUCAAGGGAGUGCUGUAUGAUAUCUGACUUCCGUCUCGCUCAACAGUACUCGAGCUGCUUCAGUUCAGCUUCUCGGUGCAAUUUCCAGCUUCUCUCGUCAUCUCCAAGAAGGCAAUUCUGCGCUGGCAGUUUCUGCAGCGACCGCUGAUCCACCUGAAGACGCUCGAAGGGAGUUUGUCGGCAUUGUGGCUUGUGCACUCGGGGACGAUAUGGAGAGAGAAGCUUGCAUCUUUUCCAGCCUUGGAGCAAUGGAAGAAGUGCGUGUUUCGACUGCGACACAGGAUGCUCUACUUGAUACAAUCGAUGAUCGCUUUCAUCACUGCGGAAGUGCUUGAACCAAAUUGGAAGAAUCUCGAGGAGAAGCUGGAGAAUGCAAAGACUGUGGAUGGUCUGAUGCAUGAUCACUUCAACUUCCUCAAUGUCUGCAGGAAAGAGUGCAUGCUUACUGACACUCGACUGGUAGACGUGAGUUGAACGGCAGGGCAAUUCAUGCACGGCAUCCGACACGUACUGACGACGCCUUUCGCGGUGAUUUUGGGCUGCUCACUGCAGGCCCUACAGAAGUUGACUUCGACGAUUGGACUGUUCAUCGACAGGCAUAACCAGCUAGUCGACCAGCUCACGAUCGAAAGGUCUCACUACCUCGCUGCUGGGCAAGCUGGUGAAGAGAGCGGCGUGACCAUGACACAAGAUUUGAUGCCCUUUUUGCACAAGUACGAAAAGAGUUGGGAAUCGCGAUUGAGGGUGAGUUGGGUGCGAUUGGUUUGGCCUCUUAAAGUCUGCGCCCGGACUGCACUGCCCUUUGGCUCACGCUGAGCGAAACUCGUAACAUGAUCCGUUUUGACGAUACGCUAGAACUUCAAAGAUGUCGUCAGCUUGCUGGCAAGCACAGAGAACCCCGCUGCGCAACCUUUGAUGCAAAGGCUCAUCAACGCCUGA